AUGGCAGCGCAGGCGACGCAAAUCCUCGUUGAAGAUGAUGAUGGUCUGGAUUCAGCGUACGGUGGAGGUGACAUCGCAUCAGAGACAAAUACUCUCCAGUCGAGCGUUAGAGAGUACAUAUACGCGAAUGGCAGGAGGUAUAACUCCUAUCAAGCAGGAAAAUAUUGGGGCCCCAAUGAUGAGACGCAUCAGGAUUCUCUUGAUAUAUCACACCAUAUUUUUCGCCUAGCACUCGACGGUGAUCUCUUCAUCUCUCCUAUAGGAUCUGAACCGCAACGAGUACUUGACUUAGGCACAGGCACUGGUAUCUGGGCCAUUCAGUUCGCUGAUCAGCAUCCUACGGCAUCGGUGAUCGGAAACGACCUCUCGCCAAUCCAGCCUACCCUUAUUCCCCCGAAUCUUCAAUUCGAAGUAGAUGACUUUGAGCUCGAAUGGACAUAUUCGAAGGAGAGCUUUGACUUUAUUCAUGCUCGCGCGCUGUAUGGUAGCGUGUCUGAUUAUGGCGCACUCUAUCAACGAGCGAUGGAUCAUCUCAAACCGGGAGGCUGGUUUGAGGAGACCGAGGUAGGAGUUGUGCCUUACAGUGAUGAUGAUACCAUCAAAGGCACGACUUUAGAGAAUUGGGGCGAAUUAAGCCUUACUGCUGGAGAUAAAUUUGGGAGAUCAUUACGGAUUGUGGACCACACCAAAGAACUCAUGGAAGCGGCGGGUUUCAUCAAUGUGACCUACAAGAAGUUCAAAUGGCCGCUGGGCCCCUGGGCCAAGGAUCGCAAAUUAAAAGAAAUCGGCCUUUACAAUCGAGUGAAUUGGGAGGAGGGAAUGGAGGGUUGGCUAAUGUUUUUGUUCACGACGUAUCAUGGGGUAGGUUCUACACGAUGA